AUAUAAUAUAAACCCAUCAUUUAUUAUCAUUUACACACCAAAUCCAAAAACUUCAGUUUCUUUUUUAUCUUCAAACUCAAAACGCUUUCCCAGUCUCUUUCUUCUUCUUGAAUCAUCUUCUGUUUAUCAGAUAACUAUCAUAAUGGAAAUGUCACCUAUGAGACAUGUUAAAAGGGAUAAGAAAUCAAGUGUAAGAAGAAGCAGAAGGAGGGUAUGGAAAUUGAAGAUUAGUCUCAGUUGGAGUGCCAUCAAGAAGGCAGUAAUGGGGAGCUUCAAGCCUCACCAUUUUCAUCUGAGCUGCGGCCCAAGCAUCAAACAACUCUCCAACAUCGGAGUCCAUAAAGACGCCAUUAACGCGCCUAAUCGCACAAAGAAAAGCCCCACCAAACCUCUGGCCGCCCUCCUUCUUAAGUCGUAUUCUGCUUCUGAUUUUAUUGACUAUGGCGACCACAUGACUCCGACUAAAUCCCCUAGAGAAAAUAUCUCAACAAACUGGCGUGAAAUCCACGGCCAAAGAAACUGGGACGGUCUUCUUGAACCACUCCAUCCCUCACUCCGACGAGAGAUAAUCAAAUAUGGAGAAUUUGUGGAAGCAACUUACGAUGCCUUCGAUUUCGAUCCCUUAUCAGAAUUUUGUGGAAGUUGUAGAUAUAAUAGCCAUAAGCUUUUUGAAGAAUUAGGCCUUACUGGGAAUGGUUACAAAGUUACCAAGUACAUAUACGCCAUGUCUCAUGUAGAUGUGCCUAAAUGGUUUGAGAGGUCCGAAUUGGGCCGAACUUGGAGCAAAGAUUCAAAUUGGAUGGGCUAUGUCGCAGUGAGCAGCGACAUAGAAACCGAAAGAAUUGGCAGGAGAGACAUAGUCGUGGCGUGGCGCGGCACUGUGGCGCCAAGCGAAUGGUUCAUGGAUCUCAAAACAAAGCUAGAUAAAUUCGGAAGUAAAAAAUUAAGAAUCCAUGUCCAACACGGGUUCCUCAGUAUCUACAAAUCCAAGAGCGAGAAAACAAGAUAUAACAAGCUAAGCGCGUCGGAGCAAGUGAUGGAAGAGCUGAACAGACUAGUAAAUUUUUUCCAAGAAAGAGGCGAAGAAGUGAGCUUAACGAUUACAGGCCACAGCCUCGGAGGCGCAUUGUCACUGCUCAAUGCAUAUGAAGCUGCAACUACGUUUCCUCAUUUAUUCAUUAGCGUCAUUUCAUUCGGGGCGCCAAGAGUUGGCAACAUCUUCUUCAAAGAAAAGCUGAGUGAAUUGGGAGUGAAGACGCUUCGAGUUGUUGUGAAACAAGAUAUUGUUCCGAAACUGCCAGGACUUGUGUUCAACAAAAUUCUUCGGAAGCUGAAUCCGAUAACAGAGAGAUUGAACUGGGUUUACAGGCAUGUUGGAGUACAAUUGAAGAUUGACAAGGUGAUAUCGCCUUAUUUGAAGCAAGAUUCAGACUUAUCAGGGAGUCAUAAUUUGGAACUUUAUCUUCAUGUUUUAGAUGGGUAUUUGAGCAAUAAAUCAAAGUUCAGAUGGAAUGCAAGGAGAGAUAUUGCAUUGGUGAAUAAGAGUGGUGAUAUGUUGAUAGAGGAGUUGAGAAUUCCAGAGUUUUGGUACCAAUUGCCUCAUAAAGGACUUGUGUUGAACAAGCAUGGAAGAUGGGUGAAACCUGGAAGACAACCUGAAGAUAUUCCUUCUCCAUUUCCCAUUGAAGCAUCAACUCGUGUCUUAGCUGUAUCUACUUGAGGAAAUCUUUCUAAAUUAACAAGUCUGAAUUUUUAACAGAUUUUUUACUUUAGUUUUAUUCUUCAUUUGAUUUGUAUUUCUACCAGAAUUGUUUAUAAAUGAGUAAUUAAUUUUAA